UACACCGGCUAACGUAUCAAAAGCUACAGCUUCGCCGUCGAGCUAGGCAAGCUGAAUGUAGCUUCCCACUAUCCACCUGAUGAUCGUUAAUAUUUUUGUGCCGUAGCUCUCCUCGGAGACAUGGACGCCACAGUGUUUGAGCUAAGGUUGUUCAUUCAUCAGCGGCUGCACUCAGCGGCAGAGGAGAUCCUCGGAGAGGUGGAGAAAGCUAUAACGUUAGCUUUGAAGGAACCUCAAGUUAGUCGGUCCCAAGAGGAGGCUGGAAGUCUGCGACACCAGCGAGAGAAAACAGCUGCAGAGCUGUCACUGACCAGCAGCACAGUGGAACAUGGAGAUGAAGGUGAUGCCCCACUGCUACAGGAGAACCAAAGACCCUCAGCACCAGAAGAGUCUAACUUGAGUCUUCGUGCUGAUGUCACAGGAUCCCCUAAAACCAGCGCAGAUGUGGACAAUACUAACUUGAGCUACUGUUUGUUUCAGACAGACUUUAGGAUAUGUGAGAUAAAAGAAGAGCAGGAGCAACUUGAAGUUGACAGUCAAACACAGGAGAUGGUUUUUCCUUCCCCUGAAAUUGUGAAAAGCGAGCAAGUUCAGCUAGAGAUACAAGUAUCAAAUGAGCUGCAGCCAUUCUCCUCAGACAUCUCUCCAGCUCAGAGUGAGAACAAUGACCCUGAUGAGGAUUUGGUGAAGAGCAAAGGACAACAGACCAGAACAAUGAAAAGGAAAAGAAAGAAAUAUCAAGGACAAAGUGGCAGGGUCACAAAGAGGAAAAAAGCAGCACUGCCUCCUAACACACAUUCUGCUGAAAGUGAAAAGCAACAGACUUUUUGCCAUCUCUGUGGCAAGAGUUUUUAUUAUAUUGGCUUUUUGAUGAAGCACAUAAAAAGCCAUGAAGCCAAAUUUGACUGCACCAUUUGUAGGAUGAAAUGCCAGUCUGCAAAGCAGCUGGUAGCUCAUUUGAAAAGCUGGCACAACCAAACAUGUGUUUGUAGGUUUUGUGGCAAGAUUUGUGCCAAAUUCGGGUUUCUCCGGAUCCAUGAAAAGACACACAAAGCUGAAGAGCUGUCACUGACCAGCAGCACAGUGGAACAUGGAGAUGAAUGUGAUGUCCCACAGCUGCAGGAGAACCCAGGACCCUCACCACCAGAGGAGCCUGACAUCAGUCUGAGUGCUGAGGUCCUGGAAUCCUCUCAAACAGGCGCAGAUCUGGACAGUAGUAACCUGAACUACUUUUGGGUUCAGACGGACUUUAAGAUGACUGACAUAAAAGGAGGGCAGGAGGAACUUUGGGAUGACGGUCAAACUCAGGAGAUGGUUUUUCCUCCUCCUAACACUGUGGAAUGUGAGCAAGAUCAGCCAGAGACAGGAGCAUGUGAAUUGCAGCCACUUAGUUCAGACUGCUCUGCAGCUGAGAGCAAGAACAAUGACAAUGAUGCGCAGUUGCUUAACAGCAAAGGAGAUCAGACAAUAAAACAGAAAGGGCAAAGUGUCAGCAAGAAUGAGAUGGACCAAGCAGCGUCACGGCAUAACAAAAGUUCUGCUAAAAGUGUUAGGCCUUGCCAUUUUUGUGGCAAGGGAUUCCAGUACAUCGGCCCUUUGAUGAAGCACAUAAGAACACACCAGCAGGAAAAUGAUUGCACUGCUUGUGGGAAAACAUGUCCGUCUGCACUGGAACUCAUUAAUCAUGUGAAAAGUGAACACAAAAACAUACACAUCUGUCACGUUUGUGGCAAGUGUUUUGACAGUCGCCGUUCUUGCGGGUUGCAUGAAAGAAUGCACUCAAACAAGCAAACAAGUGUCAAGAAUGUGGCAAGACAUUUCACUACAGAGGGCACCUGACUGUGCAUGAGAGGACCCAUACUGGGGAGAAACCAUAUGAAUGUGAUAUAUGUGGAAUAGCAUUCAGCCAGAGCCAGAACCUUAAGAUUCAUAAAAGAAGUCAUUCAGGUGAGAGACCGUAUC